AUGGAUGAACAUUCCCAAGCAGACGGGUCGCCUGCUCCCAGCCCUGCUAGAACUGGCAGAGGCGGAUGGCGAGGUAGGGGAGGACGAUAUUCCGGUAGAGGUGGCCGAGGUGGCUCGCUUGCCCGCAAGACCACCGUCGCCAAACGCGGCGGCAAUCGUGGCCGCGGCCGAGGUCGUAACAAGACUUACACUCAACCACGUGUCCAGGCUGCUUACGAGCGCUCAAAGGAUCUGCGUGAACUCUACUCGGAUGUCUCUUCUGCCAUGAAACCCGCCCUCGAGCGGCUCGCUGAGCACACACUCAACCAAAUGAUUGCGGAUCCCGAGUUCCAUACCAAGGUUCCCGAGUAUGCCGCAGUCCAGAACGAACUCGACGACAGGCUCAAGGCCAGACUCGAGCAUCUCGAGUCGGAAGAACAACUUAGACGCCACAUGGUCGAGCACAAGUCUGAACACGACGACAUAAUCUCUACUGAAAAGUUCAAUAACGGCUUUGAUUACAAGACUGAUGAAUUCUUGGACGGCGUUCUCAAUAGAUUAAGCAUUCUGAGCGAACUUCGACGCGAUGGCUACGGCACUAACAUCCCCUCACCGUAUACAUUUGUUCAGAAGCCUGAUUCCGUCGUCGAUGAACAAGGGCCAUACGUGUUUCACCAUCCCCUCAAGGGCCACGAGGUUCCCUACCCUCACCUGCUUCAAGCUGAUACCAAGGCAUCAGCACUCAGAACUACUCUUGGUCGCAUCAAGCAAAAACCGGGUCCAAAGCGCAAGGCUGAGGAAACCGGCGAGGGGCAACCAGAAUCGAAGAAGCUCCUAGGCGCAUCGUUUACUUCUGCUCCCGACUCCUCAACACCACGGCCCCGCCAUAUUGGCGGUUUGCUCAGUGCCGAGACUGAACUCGACGGCGAACCAGAGUCAAAUGCGCCUUCUCCUACUCCCCUCGAGGAGGGUCUUUCACCCGAGUCUUCCCAGGAGAGUAGUACCUCUGGAAAGAAGGAGAAGGAUCUUCCUGACCUGCCUACGGGCGCCUCGGAACCUGACCAGUGGGGUGUUAGGACCGUAUACAAGCGGGGCCCCAAGGCAAACAACCGCAUCAUCAUUCCUUGCGUGUUUGACUUUGACGACGACGAUAUUGGUUUCCGAGAUUCGACUAAUGACUCUACUCGAAAGGCCACCAAGAACAGUCGCGGUAGAUUCCUCAAUAAGCCGAAUUCUCGAGCCUGGCACCUUGAUCAGACGAUUGUAACAUACAAUGCUCUGGACAACAAGGACGGUGACCUGGACCCUGAGAUUGUCAAGAAGCACAAGGUCCAUCCCAGAUUCGGCUUUUUCCUCCCAGAAUCAGUCAACGAGUCUGAACCUCCCCACGAACAUGUUGAUACAACUCGGCCUAUCGUUGUAGUUACACCAAACGGCACCACCCUUCACGCGUCGCGUUCUGUUCGGCCCAAGCUUAUGGAUCAGGCCCUGAGAGCUGAUGCAGGAAAGACCAAGAUUACUGCCAUGAUGGAGAGUCUCAGAAAGGACAUGGAACUCGAGGUUGAUGACAUUACCACCCCCGAGAUUCGUCAGAAACAGCAGGACGAGCAGGAGAGACAAGCUGAGCUUGACAAGAUUGCUGCGGCCGAGGAGGAACAGCAGCAAGAAGAGGAGGAAUCAGUGGACGAGUACGAACAGGCCAAUGCCAUUGUGGAGGAACGUCAAGUUUUGCGCAUCAUGCCCAGUAUCAUCGCAAACGACCCUAGGAGCAACUUGACACGUCAACGUGGUGCUGCGAAUCUUAUUAGUGCAGCUACACAACUCGAUGAGGAGGACUUUAUGCGGGACAUGGGGAUUCUUUCGAACCCAAGAGCCUCGAGACCAUUUGAUCCCGUUAGGAACGCCUUCAGACCGGUUCAUCACCCCAUACCGCCUCGUCACCACCCUGUUGAUACCUUUGGCCUCAGUGUAUUGGCCGACAUGUCCGAACUCCGUUCCGCUGGUCACAUGGCUGACCCAUCCAUGAUUGACGGUCGGCAUGCUCCGCUGGCCCCUCAACCGGGGUUUCUGCAGACUGCCCUGAAUCCCGCUCCCUAUGCAUCCAUCGCACCCGCUCCACAGCAAAGCAUUGAAGGGCGACCACCUACUCCCGCUCGCAAUCCAUUUACUGGACAGAGCACCGGUAGAAACAGCCCGGCUCUUCCGCCACUUCGACCUACCCGACGCGACAAAGGGCUGAGUACUGGUCUUUAUGCCGACGGCCAGCCUCCGUACGCAGCUUCGUCCGCGGCCCUCGCAGCAGGCCCGCCGCAACCCCCGCCACUCAAGCAAGAGUACGACCAUGCUCAUGGAGUUGGAAACGGCUUUUACCCGCCGUCCAGUACACACAGACCAUUCCACCAUGGAUUUCCUCAUCCCGAGCCCAUCCCACCGAUCGCCCCUCGGCAAGGCCCACCCGUACCUGCUCCAUUAAUCAUACCAAGCCAGCAGUCUCAUCCAUCGCAACAUCUGCCUGGGUAUCCAGCAGCAUUAUCGCCCACCUUGCCAGGUUCAGCUCCUCUGGCAUCACUCUUGUCACAUCCGAUGGGCCCGUCAUCUCCGGCUUUGACGGGGAGCGGACUUCCGGGACCUCCAGGUCCGUUGAACUCUCCUACUUCGUCUACACCCCAGUCGAGAGGCUCAAUCUCAUCCAAUAACGGACAGCAGAACUCCGCAAAAUACCGGAAGAUUGCCGCAGCACCCGUCCCAUACAGCCGACAAUGGCCAUCAAAUGGAGGCACCGAGCUGCGUCUGUCAAACUAUGAUCCAAAGGGUGCGAUCAAGGACUACAUGGCAAAUGAGCCACCCCCUCGUACAGGACCAACCACCAUUCGGGGAUGGUCAGUCAACAAUGGCCAAAGAAACCGCGGUCGUGCCGGUUCACGGAAAGAGGGCUCAGUAGAGGACACUGAGUCCCCCAAAUGA